UAUGCAUUUAAUAAAAGUAUUAAUAUAUUAAGUAGUUAUAAGGUACGUUACCUCUAGCAUCUUUAUUAAUGUUUCAGGUACAUAAAAUUAAGUAUCUUACUUAACCUUACUAUCCUCAUUCUAUCAACCAAUCAACAGCCAUCCAGCCAACUACUAGGUUAGGUACCUAAACAACUUAACCCUUCGACUUACUUGCGAUAAUCACAGCAAAGAAGACAUUACAGAAACGACGAGCCUGUACUUUUCUACUUAUUUACUCUUUUCUAUCUCUUUACUCUUUUUUUCUCCCUCUCAUCCUCCCUGUUCAGCGUCAGCUACUACACACGGACAGCUUCAGGGCUUAAUAACGCAUACCAUCAACUGGCUACUUAAUCAAUGUUCGCCCAUGACAACGCCGAUUUCGAUUCUCUCAUCUCCUACUCUAGGUGCCGUUGACUUAAGGCCCCUCCCCAUUUUUCCCACCGCCUCUCUUGUAUGUCACUCAUGGCUUGAGACCUCUCCAUCCCCCCUUUGACAAGUUGCCCUCCUGUCGUCGAUCCUCAUCCGCACCAUUCACACAUCCUGGCCAUGCCUCCUCGGAAGCGAUACGCCCAUAAUACCAUCCCCUGGAAGGCACCUGGCACAGCCAGAAAAUCUGCACGGAUAUCUAAGGAAUCCUCAGAUAUCCGUGAUAUUCCCCUCUCAAAUGAUUCAUCUUCCGAUGAGUUGUCUUCUCAGAGAAUCCUUACCCACAGAGAUGGCAAGCUGAAGGAGCUGGAGGUCCCUGUGCCACAAGAAGAUAUUGUUGACGAGAUUAUUGUCUCUCAUCCACGCCGGAUCACGCCAACCCCAGUUCCCACCAAGAAGGGGACUCUGGAUGUGCCUAAUCCCGGCGACGAGGAAGAUGAACUUGCUGGUGAAGCGCCGCUUGUUAAACGACCUAGACCUACAAUUACUAUCGUCACAAGGGAUACACCGUCUCGCAAGAGCCGAUCCAAAUACGAUAACCCUGACGAGAUGCUCACCAAUCCCCGAGCACCAUUGGCCACUGCCAAUCUUCGAGAUCUACUAUGCAGCAGCAAGGCAUGGGACCUGCUAGAUCCGGAGGAGAAGCAGGAGAUUUUAUCCAAGUUUCCAGACCAGAAGGAUAUCCUCGACGUAGGAACUGAGAAUGCGAGGCCAGACAUCCAAGCACUCAGAAACAACGACAACUUCCGUAAUGACAUCGCGCGGUACCAGGAGGAUCUGAGCAAGGGUUGUCACGACCCGGAAUGGAUCCAGCAGGCGCGGAGCGCACAUAGGAAGCGAGAGCUGGGCUUCUAUAACGACUUCCUCGCCGCUCGCUUCGAGGAAGAGUGGGACAUGAAGAUGCCCGGCCAGGAGCGCGACGACAGCGACGACGGCAUCCGCAAGACGGACGAGGCGGAUGAGGAGCAGCAGGGCACGGAGAUGUCCACGCAGGAGGACUCUGCUCUGAAGAGCUGCGAUGGCGAGUACUCGGACAAAAUGUCGGUGCAGGAGGGCAGCUCCCAGAAAGAAGGUGUCGGGGAGCACUCGGAUACUAUGUCGACGCAGGAGCACGGUAGCAUCGAGGUCAGCCAGGAGUCUCGUUCAGAUAUCGUGAUGGCUCUGGGUGACUCAGAGUAGAUGGUUUUUACCAAGACACCUACUAUAACGAAGAGACCACCGUUAGAUUCGGCUCUCA